GGGUCCAGCGCGUCCUCGGGCACCUGCAGCCCGCGAUACAGCAACCUGACCAAAGCCGCCCCCGCCGCCGGCCCCGGGCCGGUCUGCGGCGGCGUCCCAGAGCCCACGGGGCUGGAGGCAGCUUGCACCAAAUUGGAAUCUUUGCAGAGACUUUUUGAACCGACCACCCCAGCUCCCCCUCUGCGGCCCCCUGACGCCCCUUCCCGUAACCCGGAGUUCCCCGCCGCCAAAAAAAACUUGCUCAAAGGCCACUUUCGGAACUUCACUCUCUCCUUUUGCGACACCUACACAGUCUGGGACUUGCUGCUUGGCAUGGACCGCCCAGACAGCCUGGACUGCAGUCUGGACACCCUGCUGGGGGACCUGCUGGCCGUAAUGGCCAGCCCAGGCUCCGGGACCUGGGAGGCAUGUAGCAACUGCAUAGAGGCGUACCAGCGACUGGACCGACAUGCUCAGGAAAAAUAUGACGAGUUCGACCUCGUGCUACAUAAAUACUUGCAGGCAGAAGAGUACUCUAUCCGGUCGUGCACGAAAGGCUGCAAGGCUGUCUACAAGGCCUGGCUGUGCUCAGAAUACUUCAGUGUGACCCAGCAGGAAUGCCAGCACUGGGUGCCCUGCAAGCAGUACUGCCUGGAGGUGCAGACCCUGUGCCCCUUUUUCCUCCCUGACAAUGAAGAAAUGGUGUAUGGAGGCCUCCCUGGCUUUAUCUGUACAGGGUUGCUGGAUACUUCACCAAAGCGGCCGGAAACCAAGUGUUGUGACGUGCAGUGGGUGUCCUGUGAGUCGGAGAAGAAGAAGUUCAAGGAAUCUGAACCCCCCCAAACCCACCACCAGCAAUUCCACCAUUCCUAUUUCCACCACUACCAACAGUACCAACACUACCACCCCCGCCAUGAACCCCCGAGCCGUGUCAGCAACAAGCCCUCCCUGCUGCCGGUCUCUGGGGGCUCGUGCCUCAGUCCCAGCAGGAUCCGGCUCUGUGUUCUUGUUCUUAUGCUCCUCCAUACCGUAGUGUCCUUCUCCAGCAGCCAGGGGGGUGGGGGCCUGGGGUUGGAGACACUGCCUGCCCUAGAGAAGGGCCUGACCCAGGAAGAGUGACAUCAGGGAGGGAGGACAGACCUCCACCACACACUGAUGUCGGCUCCAGCCCUGCUCCAGGUGGGGUGGGGAAAGGGAGGACCAGGUGGGGGGUGGGGGAGACGCCAGGGGGACCAGAUACUGCCCCCAAUCCACCCCUUCCCUAAAAGCAGCUCCAACAGAAUGGCCAGAGGGCCCACACGGAGCCUGCAAAACUCACCCAGGAGAAAAAGGUAGGAGCAGCAGGUGUCCCCUCCCAGGCCCCCCCCUGUGGGGCUUAGUAAAAAACGGGGAGAGUGGGGGCUGGAAUCGCCCCCUCCUGCCAAGAGCCCUGACCCCAGGGAAGGAGGCUGCUUACCCAGCCUCAGCCCUUGAGGGAAUGUUGGGGGCACAGAGGGGAGGCGUUCUCCCCCCUCCACAUUCCUUUCCUUACCAAGAUCCUUAAUUCCCUCCUGCCCAUACCCCUACAGGUGACGGCAGACAGUGUGCUUGCCCUCCCGCCGCCUGAGCACACCCUGAGUGUGGGGCCGUCACAGGUGACGCGCCCGUCCGUCCGUCCGUCCGACUGGAAGCUGAGGCCCACAGGGCUGCAGCUAGAAAGGUGGCCCCGUUGAGGCGCCCCCACCACCCUAGGCAAGGAAGGGUUGGACCUGGGUGUGGAAUGGGUGGUGGAAGGGAAGAAAGCUAGGGAAGGGAAGACGAAAGGGGAGAGGUAGGACAGAGCACGAGGAGAUGGGUGGACUACGGCUACCUGGCUUCGGGGAGGUGGGGGUUAGUGUUGAGGCAGGCUUCAGAACGGCCCCUCAAAUCAGAAUGAGGUGCCUAAGGAGACCCCUGGGGAAAGAGCCCAGGAGCCAAAACCCAGAAGGCUGAGGGCACAUGGUUGGACUGCCGCUGUCUGGAGGGCCAUAUCUUACAGAAGGUGCACACACUCCCUAGGGCUGCUCUUGCCCUGGAAAUCUUGGCCUCGUGGCCACAGACCUUUCAUUUCCAAUCUCCACGGGGAGGAGGGACUUGAGCCCAAGUGCGUCAGGCCUGGCCUGGGUCCCUACACUCCCCCAUCUUGUCCUAGUCCAGGCCUCCAUGAAGGAGAACCGGGUGGUGUUGCCCCCAGAGCUCUCCAGAGAUGAGCCUCCCCUACUCCCACCCUGUGCCCAUCCCCAGCCUACCAAAGAGUAUUCCUCCCUUCCCACCCCUGACCUUGUGGCCUAUUGUCCUCCUGAGGGACAGCUAGACUCCUCACCCUUUAGCGGGCCCCUUUCUCUAGCCACCCCUUGCCCUUGCUGGACAAAAUUCAGAGGCUGGCAAGAGGACUUGACGUGGAGCUAAUGUGCUGCUGACGACCGUUGGCUGCCAAAGUUGUUUAGUCAGGCUAGAGGGACGUGAGAAGAGGCUUGGGAGCCUUUGGCCUUGCACUGAUCUGCUGGGGGAAAGGGAGGCCACGUUGCCUUGGCAUCUAAAAGCCGAUGAAAGUUGACAAGAACAGGAGGCAGAUUCUUUGGGGGACAGGCCAGGGGCUUUCAGAAAUCAAAAGGAUGAAUAAGGGGGACAGUCCCGGAGCAGCAUUUCAGAGAAACAGGCGAGGGCAAAGGAAGGAGGAGCUGUACCUUGCCAGCUUUAGAAUGAAUGGAAGCCUCCCUAGUAGAUUAGGGUUCCUUCAUUCAAGGGCCGUGGUUGGAUCCCAAAUCAGCUUCAUGAGCCUAUGGAGCCCUCCUCUGCCGGUUUACUCAUAUCUCACAGCCUGUCCUCUGCCUGGACCCUGUGUCCUCCAUCUUUGGGCCCUCAGCACUUUGGGCCUGGCCACAUACCCCAGCCCUAGAGUGCUCUUUUCAGCUGGGGAGGGUAAGAGGUGCUGGACCCUUCCCAGACGUGCUUAUGUAUAAGUGAAAGGCGGGGGCUUGAGCUCCAGAGAGACCCCAGUACUGCCUCGUCACUCCUGCUUCCUCAGGAGGGGACACGGGACUGGGCAGCAAAGGGGGACAACAUAGUCCCAGGGAAAGGCCCCUUGGAGACUCUCAUCCUCUCUUCCCCCUCACCAAGUGCCCUGGAGACCCCCGGCUCAGACCAGCCCAAGGCCUUGCCCAGUGGCAGGGGAAAGGGGCACCACACUCCACCUCAAAGUCAUUUGACUAUCCCCAUCUCCCCCCACCCCCGAACUUCCGCCACCUCCCCAGCUGCACCCUGCCCUCCGUCACAGGAAGCAGAGCUGGGCAGCUUUCUUACGCCAUUUUCUACACUGUGCUUCAUGAGUAGGACUUUCUUGCACUAGUUCCUGUGACUGAGUCCCCCAGCUGGUUCCCUAGUAGUCUCCUCCCAGCCCUUGCUCCUCUCCCUGGCUACAGUUGAGUUGUCUCUGCCCUCUCUUUUCCCGGCCUCUGUGUUCCAGUGAGAGUGUCUGUGUGUGUACCUGCUUUCCGUUUUGUUGCAGUGUGGGGCAGGGAGCGCCCUGCCCUUGUUGAACCCCCUAAAGAAAUAAAUGGUAAAACUUGA